CUCUUGCUGAUCUCCGGCGAGCUGACACCUCCCUACCACCAGCCUCCAUACCAACCCUCGCUGGGACCCGGCACGCCGCCAGCCCAACCCACUGGCUCUCUCAUACCCCCGUUCGUACCUGAGUGACGCCGGAAUUGGCGCGCUCGUCUGUACACACACACGCGCGGGUGACAGCGUCAGCACACGCCGGUUUUCUCUAAUUUUCGUAUAAUUUACACACACGCGCAUACAUACACUCAAGAGGGUGUUUACGUGGAGAUUUCAUAGAGAGUCUUAGCCUAUGUGCAGAGAGGCACUUGAAGGCGGAAAGUGAGUGUGUGGUGGCAGCAGAGAGGCACUUGGAGGCCGAGUGUGAGUGUGUGGUGGCAGCAGAGUGCACUCGGGAAGAUGGGAACCGUCAACCCACAAGAACUCUUCUCCGCGCGGAGGCUUGGCACUCUCUUUUAUGCUGUCAGCCCCACCAACUCCACCUUCAAGAGGGUCGAGGAUGUCCCCAACUACAUUAACGAGGCGAUCCCGUGGUUCGUGGUGACGGUGGUGCUGGAACACGUGUACGGCCUCCUGAGGGGGAAGCAGGUGGGGCGCCUCAACGAUAACCUGGCCUCCCUCGGCUCCGCGGUCCUCUACGAGUCCUUCAAGUUGUUCACCCGGUGGUUCGAGAUGAGCGGGUACCUGUGGCUGUACCAGUACCGCUUUAUCGACAUCCCCUGGAACUCGGCGGCCGCCUGGUGGGCAGGCUUCCUGGCCGCAGACUUCGUCUACUACUGGUUUCACCGCGCCUCUCACGAGGUGAGCGUGAUCUGGGCGUGGCACCAGGUCCACCACUCCCACGAGGACUACAACGUCUCCGUCGCCCUCAGACAGUCCAUGUUCCAGCGACUGUGUGCCAUCGGGUACUACCAGCCCAUGGCGCUGCUGGGCGUCCCCCUACCCGCCAUCUGCGUCCACUUCCACCUCAACCUGCUGGUCCAGUUCAUCAUCCACACGGAGAUGAUCGGCAAGUGCGGUCCACUUGAGUGGUUCAUCAACACGCCUUCUCACCACCGCGUCCACCAUGGUGCCAACAAGUACUGUCUUGACAAGAACUACGGCGGCUUCCUGAUCAUCUGGGACCGUCUCUUCGGGACCUUCGCGGCAGAGAAAGACGACGAGGAGAUCGUGUACGGCCUCGUCGACCAGCCUCAGGCCUCCGGUAUCUUGUAUCUACAGUUCUUCUACAUUCGUAAUGUGAUCAAGAAGGCGAGGAACCAGGAGACGUGGGGCAACACCUUACGGUCCCUCAUGUACGGGCCCGGCUGGUCCCCCGGGUCCCCACGCCUCGGGGACCCCGACACCUUCACCGACGUCAAGGCCCCCAGAGCCAAGUACGACCCCUACCUCCCCGUCUGGAACAAGGGCUACAUCUUCAUCCACUACCUCAUCACCCUCCUCCUCCAGCAGGUCCUGACCUUUAACCUCAAGUCAUACACGCUUGGAACGGCGUUUAUGAUGUUCGGAUUCAUCCUGGUCUCCAUCUGCAACAUCUCCUCCAUGUACGACUACUGGAUGUUUGCGGGGGUGGUAGAGGUCGUCCGCUGUGCCCUCUACAUCAUGUACGCCCGCACGACGCCCAUCACAGGCUUCCCCACCAUCGACACCUUCCUCCUGGUCUGCUUCUUCGUCUCCAUGGUCGUGUGGACCUUCAAGAGCAUGUUGGUCACCCACGACAGCACUAAAUCCCUCAAGUUCUUGUGAGCAAUGAUGCCGUUGUUGCUCGACGCCAAGUUCAUUCGUGAUUUUGUGAGCAAGACGGUUCAAGAUGUUUAAUUAAGUUAGUUCUUGUGAACCAAAUGUCUGCCUUAAGUUCUCUUAGGUUCUAGUGAGCUCUAUGAUGACCACGUCAGACUUCUCGAGGUCUUCUUGCAGACUUCUGUAUUCCAUCGAUUAGUUGUUGACUAAACUCACUGGAGAUCUCACUAGGAUGUGUCCUAGCAGCUGGAGACUUCACUAGGAUGUGUCCUAGCAGCUGGAGACUUCACUAGGAUGUGUCCUAGCAAGUGGAGACAUCACUUGUUCUCGAAAAGAUAUAUAGCAGGUAGCUAUUUCAUAUAGGAUUCCACAAUUUUCCGUGUGAUAUAAUUUUAGUAUCGUCACUGUACUGCGUGGCUCAUGAUCCUGGCUGGAAAAGACAGUUCCAGUCGUUACUUCCAGAGUUAUAAUUUGGCGUUUUCAUCGAAUUAAAAAAACAGAACAUUCAUUGGGGGUAGAAAUUACUCCUCGUAAUGUGAGUAAAGAAAUGUGUGAUGGUGAUUCUGAGGAACAAUUGUGAACAAUCUUCAGCUUCAAGACUCGUACCUGUCUACUUCACAGUUCAAGCAAGAACAUUUGAUAUUGAGAGGACAUGGUUUGUGUGUGUGUGGGGGGGGGGUCGUGUGAGUGAGAUUAUAUUUCACCUAGUUGUGCUUAAAGGGUUUUACGUUUUUAGCUCCUGGGCUCCGUCUUUUAACCAUCGGUCGCCUGGUGUGAGGAAUCCAGAGUAAUUUGGGCAUUAUUUUAUCCACAUAUGAAUCCAGAUAUGCUGCCAGCCACCACUACCUCCCUUCCUAAUAUACUCCACCUGUUGACGUCUCUCACAUCCUGUAAUUAUUGUAUUUGCAUCAAUGAACCCUCGUUGGGCUCCCUCUCGUCAAACAUAGUCUGUUCCUGUCUACUUGUUCAACACUUAUGAGUAUCUUGUAUGUUGUGAUCAUGUCUCCCCUGGCUCCUUUAUCUAAUGCUGAAUUUAAAUUAUGUUUGGCUAGCUUAUUAUCCCAGUUUCCCCAGAUCUGGAACCAACCUGCUAGCAAACCCCUGGGACUUGAGAAGCUGGGGUUCUAGGCUGGUUCCACCAUUUUCGAUGUGGUCUUACUUGUAUAAGGCCACUUUUACUCAAAUUGUUGAAGACUGUUGUUAUAUUGGACAGCUUAUAUAUAUAUAUAUAUAUA